GGACAAGGAGGGAGAUCCAAGCAGGAGUGAGGGAGCCGGCUGUGGCGGCAGAGAGCUCACCAUGGAGAACCUGGAGGAUAAUACAACUGUGUUCUCCACCCUGAGAUCUUUCAAUAACUUCAUUUCUCAGCGUGUGGAGGGGGCAUCUGGUCCGGCCACGCCAGGAUCAUUUCAAAGUACCUUGCAUAUGCAGUACCAGCAGAGGGUGCAGCUGGAGGAAGAAGCUGGGCAAAUCCGUUCCAAAUCUCAGCUCCUGCAAGUGGAACGGGAGAAGAUGCAGAUGGAACUGAGCCACAAAAGAGCUCGCAUUGAGCUGGAGAAGGCAGCUAAUACUAAUGCUAGGAGCUACGAGCGAGAGGCUGACCGUAACCAGGAGCUCCUCACACGUAUAAAGCACUAUCAGGAAAAGGAAGUGGAGGCUGAGGCUAAGCUGAAGGAACAAAUGGAGAUGAAUAAAACCUAUAAGAAGAGCAUGGAGACUGUGAGCAAGAAGCUGCAGGAGAAGGAGAGCAAACUGGCUGAAGCUAAUGAAAUGAUCAGCGUAUUGAAGGGGAAAAUAUCUGAGUUGCAGUGGAGUUUAAUGAAUCAGGAGAUGCAAAUGACAAGCCAGGAAUCUCAGAAGCAGGAGCUGAUGGAACAGCUGGAUGUGCAACACAAAAAAUGUCAGGAGGCCAACCAGCAAAUCCAGUUGCUGCAAGCAAGCCAGUCUCUGUUGGCAGAACACGAGCAGAAAAUUAAGGAUCUGGAACAGAAGCUCUCCCUGCAGGAACAAGAUGCUGCAAUUGUGAAGAACAUGAAAACAGAGCUGGCCCGAUUCCCAAAGAUGGAGCGGGAACUGCUCCAGCUCAGGGAGGAUAAUGCCUACUUCAGGGAAACGAAGGAAAACAAUGGGUUACUUAGAGAGGAGGUGGAAGGUCUCCAGAAGAAAUUGGAGCGCUAUGAGAAGGUUCAGGCAGCUCUAGUGACCCUUGAAUUGGAGAAUGAGAAACUUCUGGGAAAGCUGAAAAGCUGGGAAAAACUAGAUGAGAGCACUGGCUUAAAUAUCAGAUUGGUGGCACUGAUUUCUGAAUCGGACCACCACAGGACCCCUGAUGAUCUCUCAAGGCAGAUUGUUGCCCUGCAACAGAGGGAGCUUGUGCUGAAAGAGCAGAAUUCUACCAUCACAAACAGUGCCAGGAUAUUAGAGAAGGCUCGGCACCAGCUACAGGAAGAGGUAUUACGGAUCCAGAGCCAGCUACUGGAUGAGAAGAAAAAACGUGAGCAGCAUGAAGGUCUUGUCAGACGCUUGCAGAAACGAGUGCUACUGCUUACCAAGGAGCGUGAUGGAAUGAGAGCAAUUCUGGAGUCAUACGACAGUGAGCUGACCCCAGCUGAGCACUCGCCCCAGCUGAGCCGGCGCAUGCGUGAAGCAGAAGAAAUGGUGCAGAAGGUGCAUGCGCACAACGCUGAGAUAGAGGCUCAGCUGUCCCAAGUUUUGGAAGAAGUGGGGACCCAGAAGCAAAGAGCAGAUAUGUUGGAAGUGGAGCUAAAGAGCCUGAAGUCUCAGGCAUUCACAGCAGCUCAGAGCACCUUCAUCACUACUGAGGAAGUGAACGCACUCAGGUUAAAAAUUGAAGAGUUGGAGGCUGAGCGAGGGCAGCUAGAAGAAGAGAACAAGUCUCUGGAAAUGAAAUUGGAAAAGCUCACUCUCCAGGGUGACUAUGACCGCAGUAAAACCAAAGUGCUUCACUUCAGCAUGAAUCCAGUAAGCCUGGCCAAGCAGCAGCGAAAGGAGGAGCAGCACCAGCUCCAGGAGGAGUGUGAGAGGCUGAGAGAGCUGGUCAGGGUCCUGGAAGGAGGAGGCUCCAUCCCUGGGAAUCUGGAGAUGGUUGGAAGUUUGCAGUCACCCCAAGAAGUUGCAGAGCUGAAGAAGCAAGUGGAGAGUGCAGAACUGAAAAACCAACGGCUGAAAGAGGUUUUCCAGACCAAGAUCCAGGAGUUUCGCAAGGUGUGCUACACACUGACAGGAUACCAGAUUGACAUUACUACUGAGAACCAGUACCGGCUCACCUCCAUUUAUGCUGAGCACCAAGGGGACUGCUUGCUCUUUAAGGCCUCCAGCUCUUCUGGUGGGAAGAUGCAACUUCUGGAAACUGAAUUCUCUCUCACAAUCCGUGAGCUCAUUGACCUGCACCUGCUGCACCAGGACAGCAUACCAGCAUUCCUCAGCGCUGUAACCCUCGAACUCUUCAGCCGUCAGACCUGUGCUUAG